CAGGGCAAAAAGACAUUGGCCUUGAAGGACACCGCACAUCCCAGCCCCCAGCCUUGGCAUCCCAGCAAUGAAAUAUAAAGGCUGGAGGCUGCCUGAGAUGAGGAAUCUUUUGCCAGUGGACUGGAACAGUGGAAGGAUUAGAGUCCUUUUUGGUGGAAUUAAAGAUAGCUGAUACUGCAGGCAUGAACAAUCAAGCUCAGGUAAAAAAAAUAUCAUUAGCUAUAUUUUAGGCCAAAAUGCUCACAGUGUCAUUUGUAGACAUUAGCAGUAAAACCAUUUAUUCCUUGUUCAAUUUAACAUAUGACACACCUGUAAAAUAACAGGAGCACCUGAAAAGGCAAAGGGACAUUCUUGCUUACCGAAUGAAAAAACUGUCAGUGAAGCAAAUGGACUUCAGCGUAAGUCAUGACAUUAUUACUUCUAACCUUUGUGUUUCAUAGAAAGGGCUGGGUGAAUAAGUAUGCUACAUGAUUUGUAUGGGGCAAUACUUUAUACUUCUAUUAUACCACUUCUCUCAGAAAAAGACAGAGGAACUGAAAGACAAGAUAAAGAAGAAAUAUGAUGACAUGAAACGAGUGCUGGAUGAGGAUCUGCGGAUCACACUGUGCCAGUUAGACAUGGAGGAGGAGGCCAUGGAACGAGUCAUUGAGGAGAACAUAGAGAGGUGCUACCACCUAACUCAGGAUCUGGACCAGCAGCUGGCUGAGAUAUCUACUCAGCUGGAAGAGGACAAACAACACAGCUCUGACAGGAUCUCAGUGACAGAAGGAAGGAUAAUGGAGACUCUGAAGCUUACUGACCCAGAGCUGAUCCACAUAGAUGAAUUCAAGAACGAGCAGCUGCUCAGUUUGACCAUCAAUUUACUGCUGUUCAUACGCUCGCAGGUCCCUGUUACCAAGAAACUCUUCCAGAGCUAUGCCCAAGAGGUGGUCCUGAACCCUGACUCUGCUCACCCAAAGCUCAUCAUUUCCCCUGCUGGAGAUUCGGCUACAUACACAGACACCUGGCAGGAAGUGCCAGAGAAUCCCCUCCGCUUUGACACCACGCUGAAUGUUAUAAGCCGAGAGGGCUUCAAAAAGGGAUGCAACUACUGGGAGGUACAGGUCAGUGGUAAAACGUACUGGGAGCUAGGCGUCACCUAUCCCAGUAUCCCCCGUAAGGGUCGUGAGGAGGACUGCUGGCUGGGCCGCGGGCCUGCAUCCUGGUGUGUGGAAUACUUCAAUGGUGACUACACAGCCUGGCACAAUGGGGUCCCCCAUGAGCUAAUCCACAUAACUGGAAAGAUCUUCCAGCGCAUCGGUGUCUUCUCCAGUUCUUACAGCGGCCUAGUGUGUUUCCUCGGGGCAGACACCAUGACCCCGCUCUAUAGUUUUUGUGCAGGCACGUUCACAGAUGCACUUCACCAGGCUGUCUGUCCUGGCCAUGACAACCAGGGCACUAACUGGAAACCACUGCUGAUUUGCGAUGCCUCUAGAUCUGCUCCCAUUCUAUGAUGGAAAAAGCAAAGGAGGAAAGGGGAAGUGCAGGACUUUGGUACUGAACAGUCCGAACUGAUAAAAGUACUGCUCUUUGGAGGUAUAUGUGAAUGAUGUGCGAAAUGUUGAUAAAAGAAUGACAGAACACAUCAAGGUGUAUUUUGGUUUUAAUACAACUAAAUAAGUUUACAAAGGCA